GGUUGAUAUUUUUCUGCUUCAUACCAGACCAAACCGAUGAUUCAAUCCACCGUCGCCAGUGGUUCAGUUUCGCCGGUGAAAAUGUUGGUAACAACAUUUGCCUCAAAUAAAACCCCGCCACCUUAUCCGACCACCGUUUCCGCCGCCACAAGCCACCCCGAAACCCCAAAAGUUCACCUUAAAUCCAUCGAUCGCCGUCGCAUUCUCGCUUCACUCGCCGCUUCUAUCACCCCAUUCUUGGCUCCUAACCCUCACCUCAACCACGAAGAAUCUCCUCUUCCUCCCGUGUUUUUAUUUCCCUCCGCCGAUGCUCGCGGCCUCUUCCAAAUGCCCCCUGUUCGUCUCUCCAAUCGGUACUUCCUAGUGAGGGCAGGGGAGUCUGAAUUUGAGAGUUUGGGUAUAAUUAACACAAACCCUGUUGGGAAAACAUCUGUAGAUAAUGGUUUAUCGAAGAUCGGGAAGAAACAGGCAGUGAAAGCAGCUUUGAGAUUGAAGGAAAUUGGGGCUUGUGAUAAUGGGUGCUGGAUUUGGCCUUCUAUUACUCAGAGAGCUUACCAGGCUGCUGAGAUCAUUGCUGCCAUUAAUGGGAUCAAUAGAAGUAAUAUAGUUCCGGAGUACAGUUUCUUGGAUGCCCGUGGAUUAGGAGCGUAUGAAGGAAAGGCGUUACAAUCCGUUUCCGAAAUAUAUGCAUCAGAUAGUGUAUCCACGAACAUUAAGCCACCCCCAAUCAACGAUGGAACACCUAACGAGAGUGUUGCGGAUGUGUUUGUUCGGGUGACACAACUAAUGUCGAUUCUUGAAACUCAGUAUUCUGAGGACACUGUUAUCAUUGUCUCCCCCGACUCUGAUAAUUUGACGAUCCUACAAGCGGGUCUUGUCGGACUCGAUCUUCGAAGGCAUAGCGAGCUUUCGUUUGAGCCUGGGGAAGUUCGGUUUUUCGACCCGAGUAGCAUUCCUACUUACAAGCAACCUGCAUCUGCUUUGUAUAAAUGUUUAAAACCUCCUAAUUGUACACGAGUUUAAUAUUUGUAUCACAAUGUUUGUAGUUAUUGGAGUA